AUGUUGAGAAGUUUAAUUCGCAUUAAUAGAGCUGGUAGUCAAUGCUCAAGAUUAUGCGCAGCGACUACGCUAAGCCUAAAUAGUAUCAAGAACUUUAGCGGAAUAUCCCCAGGGAUCCAGAGAAAUGUCAACAAAAAGGUUCCUUUACUCAACAACUGUGUCUGUCGGACCAUGUUCAUUCAGACACAGGAUACUCCCAAUCCAAAUAGCUUGAAGUUCUUACCUGGCGUUAAAGUGUUGGAAUCAGGACAAACUAUGGAUUUUCCUAACAUCGGUGAAGCUCAAUGUAGUCCUUUAGCAAAAAUGAUUUUCCGCAUCGACGGAGUGAAAUCAGUGUUUUUCGGUCCUGAAUUCAUAACUGUAACAAAGCAAGAUGAUGAUGUUGACUGGAGGGUUAUGAAACCAGAUAUUUUUGCAACUAUUAUGGACUUCUUUGCCAGCGGUUUACCUGUAGUAAUUGAUGCUAAACCUUCAGGAGAUACACAAAUAAAUGAAGAUGAUGACGAGACAGUACAAAUGAUAAAGGAGCUCUUAGAUACCCGUAUCAGGCCUACAGUUCAGGAAGAUGGUGGUGAUGUCCUAUUUGUGGACUUUAAAGAUGGUAUAUUAAGGCUCAAAAUGCAAGGUUCCUGUUCUUCAUGUCCCAGCUCGAUUGUUACUUUGAAGAAUGGAGUACAAAACAUGAUGCAGUUCUACAUCCCAGAAGUGGUAGCUGUUGAACAAAUUGAUGAUGAAGGCGAAAAACUUAGCGAAAAAGUGUUCAAAGAAUUUGAACAAUUGAAAACCAAAGAAAAGGCAGACCCUUAA